AUGGAUUGGAUGCAUAUCUACAUUGCGGCGGCUGGCAUGCUGGUGUUUGCCCUCGUGGGCCUGGUCUUACUACUUGCAUCUCAGAAGCUCAGCAUCGCCAAGACUCGUGCCGGUCCUUACUUGAAGUUCAUUUGGGCCAAUUUCAUCAAGCCGCAUGAUAAGAAGGCUGGCGGGCAGCAGGAUGCGCUGGAGAGUUUCUACAAGACACAGGCUGCCAUUUACGAUGCCACACGUCGUCGGUUACUCUGUGGCCGAGAGGACAUGCUCGGUCUGGUGGGGGCGCAGUUGAAGCACAAAGUUGAGAACAGACAAAUCAAGGCUGGAAAAGCCGUCUGGGUGGAUGUCGGCGGCGGUACAGGAUACAACAUUGAGGCAAUGGCCGCCUUCCUCCCGGUGGACAAGUUCUUCAAGCAUGUGUACUUGGUUGAUCUUUCUCCUUCUCUCUGUGAAGUGGCUCGAGAUCGCUUCGAGCGCCUCGGGUGGAAGAAUGUCACAGUUCUCUGCCAAGAUGCACGAUCAUUCACUCUUCCGGAGAAGACAGACCCUCGGUCUACAAGUGUGGCUACUGAUGGCGUGGACUUGGUUACCAUGAGCUACAGUUUAUCCAUGAUUCCUGACUACUACAGCGUGGUGGACUCUCUGACCUCGCGUCUGAAGUCAACUGGACUUCUGGGUGUGUGUGAUUUUUACGUUCAAAGCAUCGUCGACGUAUCAUGCCGGAACUAUACCGGUGGUGCCUUCAACCGACACGUUAACUGGCUCGGACGCAUGUUCUGGCGCGCCUGGUUCGACUUUGAUCGAGUCAGUCUGGAAGCUGCUCGUCGAGACUACCUGGAAUACAAGUUCGGAACCGUCAUCACUGCCAGUGAGCGCAACUAUCUGCUUGGUGGUAUUCCCUAUUAUAUCUUCGUCGGAUGCCCCAAGGAAGUCGGUUCUACGUCUUCAAGCCCAUCUAUCGAGAAGUUGGAUGCGUCCUUCACCGAGUCUCCAUACCUGCUACCCGCCAACCACAAGCAAGAGAUGGAUAGCGCAGUUGUGAAAAGCACGCAGGAAAUCCGAUCCAAGGCUUACGAGUCCGCCGUCGUCAAUCUGAGCGCCAAUCUUCCCCUCCCCUCAUCUUUCUACCAGAAUCACCACUACCGCAUUCAUUAUAACGACAUGCUCCCCAAACACACCCAGUUCCAGAACGAGUACAUUUACGCAUUCACAUGGGAAGACCCUAGGGUGGAUCACCAGCUCCUGAACAUCGGCAAAGACGACGUGAUCCUCGCAAUCACCAGUGCCGGCGAUAACAUCCUCGACUACUUACAAAAGAACCCUCGUCGCGUCCAUGCCGUGGAUCUCAACCCUAACCAGAACCAUCUCCUCGAACUCAAGGUCGCCUGUUACUCAGCCCUCGGUCACCGCGAUAUGUGGAAGAUCUUCGGAGAUGGAAAGCACACUCAAUUCCGCGAGCUGCUCAUCUCCAAGCUCAGCCCUCACCUGUCUAGCCAAGCAUUCCAGUACUGGUUGGAACACACCCACGUCUUCACCUCUACAUCUGGCCAUGGACUGUACGAGACCGGUGGCUCUCGCCACGCUAUUCGUAUGGUCCGCUGGCUUUUCAAUAUCUUCGGACUUCAGGGCGAGGUCCGCAAGAUGUGCGAGGCGCAAAGCCUAGCCGAGCAGCGUGAGAUCUGGCCCCGUAUCCGUCGCGUUCUGAUGAGUCGUCCCCUUAACUGGGCUAUUGUGAGCACCGAAUGGUUUGCCUGGAAGGCGGCCGGUGUGCCACGCAACCAGCGCAACAUGAUUCUUGAUGACUUUUUCCGCCGCAAUGGUCUCACUGAGGACAUGAAGAAGGGCAAGGAUGUUAGCGGCCAGUCGAUCUGGGAAUACGUUGUCAACACACUUGACCCCGUUGUCAACGAUACCCUCAUCAGCAACGAUAACUACUUCUACUACCUUUGUGUGCAAGGGAAAUUCUCGAGGAGAUGCCACCCAUCCUACCUCUCACCGCAAGCACACGUCAAGCUAUCCACCCCUGGUGCUUUCGACGGUCUCCGCAUUCACACCGAUGAGAUCAACGAGGUUAUCAACCGCAUCACACCGGGUACCCUGACAAUCGCCGUGGUCAUGGACUCAAUGGACUGGUUCGACCCCGCCGAAGACUCAGCACCCGCACAAGCCCGAACCUUCAACCACGCUCUGAAAAAGGGCGGCCGGGUCCUCCUCCGCUCAGCCAGCAUCGAUCCCUGGUACAUCAAGCACUUUGAACAAAACGGCUUCACUGCUAGUCGAGUCGGAGCCCGAUUCCCAGGAACAUGCAUUGAUCGUGUCAAUAUGUACGCAUCCACGUGGAUCUGCACAAAGACGAAAGAUCUUUUCCAGAGCACCGAUCGCAAGAUGUCGACUCUUUCGCUUCCGGAUAGUGCCAUCCCCUCUACGAAACGAUCAAGUAGUGUGGAGGACUUGCAACUUUAG